CAGAUUAGACGAUCUUUGAGCACGUCCUCUUCCGGCACAGAAAUAUGACGUUAGCGGCGCAAAUAUACAAGGGAGGUGUUUAUAAUAAGUUGAGACGAUUCCGCGACGGAUUUUUCCACAAAAGAAGAUGUACAAUUGGCAGGAAAAUGAAAUUAAAGAACUUUUGACCAUCCGGGGGUCGGAGGCGAUCCGCAACCAGAUCACGGGCACGGUGAAGGACUCUGUAGUUUACAACAGGAUGACCAGACUGCUGGCGGAGAGGGGGGUGUACAGGUCGCACAUGCAGGUGAUCAGCAAACUGAAGGCGCUGAGGAAGCAGUACACCAAGUACCACCAGCAGAAGACCCGCUGCGGGAGCGCCCGCGUCGACUGGCCGUUUUAUGAGCAGUGCCACCGGGUUUUCUCAAACGCGCCCGCAGGAAACCCGGUUAAGCGGAACCGGAGUCCUAGCCCCCCGCCUGCACCCACACCUCCAUCACCACCUCCUCAACCACCGCCUGCCGUCAGCGAGGAGCAUCAGGAGGUUGUCGUCAGUCUCUGGGACGAAGUUGACGACGGGGAGAUCCACAAACAUCUGGGUCCAGUGGAGGCGGAGGACGACGAGGAGCAGUACAGCUCAUCAGAGCACUUACAGCCCAUCACGUACACGGUGCCAUCUAAGAAAAGGAAAACAACGGUGAUGGAGCAAGUCUCCACGUUGGUGUCGGCGACGGUCACCCAGCUCAGAGAGAUGGACGCCGCCAUGCAGGCGCAGGAGGACGCACGGCUGCAGAGGUUAAUGGACCACGAGAAGGAAAUGCAGAACAAUCUAAUGAGUCAGCUCACAGCCAUGCAUGAAAGGAUCAGUCGAGAAAACCACGAGAGACACCUGGAGCUGGUGGACAGGAUACUCUCUAGGUUCCCCUCACCUUCAGCACCUUCGGGCCCCUGACUGACUCUUCCUGUGUGAGUGACGGCGGCCUACGACAGGAUUAUUCAGGUUUAGGGAACACUUCUGUCUCUCUCCUCCUCCAGCUGACCAGUGCCUAAACCCACACUCCUUUUAUUUUCACUGUAUUUUUCAAUAAUGUAAGAAAAAAUAAUUCACUGACAUCAUCUCUCCUUUGCCUUUAAACUCAACACUGUUCACACUACAGCUCUUCACGCUCUAAUCUGAUUCGCUGCUCGUACAAUAACUAACAGUGGAGCUGAAAACACACGAGUGCAGAGGAACAAUAACAAAACACUAUUUUAAAUGGAGCAAUGCACUUUAAUAGUCUACUGCAUCACCAUUGUUCCACUUCCCAAAACAAGCUGUAAAAUGCAUAUUAUAAUGUAAGUUUUGCACGCGAUAUACAAAAAGAAAAAAUCUAAAUUCAAGAACUAUAAAGCCCAAAUGAAGAAGUCAUUUUAAUCGGCUCCUAGACUAUGACUUAGUGGAUCUAUAAUUGUGUAGAGAAUAUCAAAACAUAACCAGUAAUUGAAAGACAUGUUACAUAUUACACCUUUUUAUGACUCCACUGACUCAAAACAUGCUUUGAAAUCAUUGAAUGUGUGAAUUAACUAAACUAUGACAAGAGUGUUCAGAUGUUUAGAGUCUAUGUGGUGCAGAUCAGGCUUGAUUUAAAAAAAAAAAAAAAACAUGAGAUCUGUGUCAUGUGAGGCUGAAAAUCUAAAAUUGAAGACUUAACACCCACAGUGUGAUCAUAACCUUCAGUUAGCAGCAGAGAGCAAAACUAUGUCCCAAAAAAUGUACCGGAGUAUCUGACAUAUGGAUGGGUGUGUUCCUCUUAUCACCUCAGCUCAGCUCAGCUCAGCAUGCUUGUGUGAAAUGAACUAAACUCCUUAGCAAAUAAAAGCAUUGUUGUAAUACGG